AAUUAUCGUUGGAAUAGUUGUUAUAUAAUAGGAGUAAGAAAAGGAAAGGGUUUGGAAUUGAAUUGGGGAUUUAGGGAUUUUGAGUUCGUGUACAGUAGAAUGAAUUUGAAGAUGGAUUCUGAUAAAGCAAAGCUGUUCAUCGGUGGAAUUUCUCGAGACACCACUGAAGACAUUCUCAAAAACCACUUCACCAAGUACGGUGAUGUUUUGUAUUCCACAGUCUCUUUAGACCGUACCACCCGAAUCCCUAGAGGUUUUGGCUUCGUUACUUUCUCCGAUAUCUCUUCAGCUCAUGAAGCCCUUCAAGACACUCACGUUAUUCUUGGAAGAACGGUAGAAGUGAAAAAAGCAAUACCAAGAGGUGAACAGCAACACCAAAAUCAAUUACAGAAUAGAGGGGGAAAUAACUAUAAUAAUUAUGAAUGUAGCAAUGAUCACAUUAGGACUAAAAAGAUUUUUGUAGGAGGUUUACCUGCUAAUAUAUCUGAGGUGGAGUUUAAGAGAUACUUUGAGAGGUUUGGUCGAAUAACUGAUGUGGUGGUGAUGCAGGAUAGUGUAACUCACAGGCCGAGGGGGUUUGGGUUCAUAACUUUCGAUUCUGAAGAGUCUGUGCAAAAUGUUAUGGUGAAAACUUUUCACGACUUGAAUGGUAGUAAGGUUGAGGUUAAGAGGGCUGUUCCGAGGGAGGAAAACGCUGGUUAUGAUGGUUUUAAUAAAAUAAGAUAUAAUAGUGAUAGAGGAGCUGCUGAAACUUUUCCUCAUUCUAGUCCUAGCAACAUGUUUCCUGGAUUUGCUCCUUCUCCAUUACCUUGGUAUGGUAAUGAUGGAGUAUAUGGAUAUGGAUCAACAAAUGCGUAUGGUUGCUGGUACCCUAUGGGUGGUUAUGCGGGGAAUGUAUAUGUAGCUCCAUCAGAUAUUUCUAGGAACUUUUGGUAUGGGCAAAUGGUACCUGCUCCUCAGGUAUGUCAGGUGCCUUACUUUAAUACGAAUGUUGCAUAUAUGGGCAGCAGCGUUGGAAUUGUAGGUAGUGCUGCCGGAAGUUGGGGGUACCAUUCCAUUCCUGUGUCUGCAACAAAUUUAAAAUUUGACCACCCUUUUACUGCCAAUGGGUUUGUUCAAUAUAAUUUGCCGUCACCUCAUGUGGUAAAGCAGGGUGUUGGUACUUCAAUUCAUGUAGGAAUUAAUGGUGGAGUUUCUAGUUGACAGACCAAAAGGGUCUUUCGGCCUUAAUUCAUGUAGGUAAAUACUUACUGACUGUUGCAUCUUGUUUAUGAAAGGUCAGUAUAUUCUUUCCUAAAUGUUUUUAAGAGCUAACAAUUAGGCCUUUCUAUGUGUCAUAAAUAUGUAGUUUUGCUACUUGCCUUUUUUAUUUAUGGAUAUUUAUCCAUAGAAGAUUCAAGCAUCUGUAAAAUAAUUUCAUGCUAAUCCUUUUCUUUAUGCUUCUUAUUUUUUUUAAUUUUUUACAGUUAGUCACAAUUUGGUUUGUUUGCAGUAACUUUUUUUCUCCUUGAGCUCUUUGCACCCCUACUGUUUGAAAUGCAUUUUUUUUGUUUGCUGGUCAUUUUAGCUAGUUGGAAUGCUUAUUCCUUGUUUCAUAGAUUUAGUUAGUAUGUGAACAUGCGUGCUUGAAAGUGGAUAGAUUUUAAUUCAACUUGUUUUUUUGUCUUCGUAUGUUGUUUUUGAAAGUGGAUAGCUUGUUCUGAACUUCUGAUAGUUCACCAUGGGUAAAGUGUGGUGUUAAUUUACACAUUGUGCUUUAUAAGAAGAAUGUAGCAAAGUGCAACACAUUUUGUCACACUUUUUCCAAAACGUUCUUUAUGUAUGAGCACUUAUGUAUGAGUUAUUUUUACAACAUAAAGUAAGUCAAAUUAUUUUUAUAUAAGUUAUAACCUAAUUUUAUAAGUCAAUCCAAACAGACCUAAUUAGAUAGCAAGCCUAAGUUAUUCAGUGAAAUGACUCUAAAAUUUUUUGUACAACAGAGUUUGUUGCUGGCAUUUUUUAUCAUAGUUGGAUGCUGUAAAAAUAUAAAGGCUAAAAAAGAAUCAAACCACUGUUAAAUUUUCCUUUUAACAUCGAACACAUACAAUUCCCUUCUCGAAAUGAUAAAUUUGCAAAAUCUUUGCAUUUUCACAUGUAUAAUUACAAACUUGGUCAUCUUACUUUGUUUAAACAGUUCAACUCUUCAUUUGUGCCUUAGCGGAUUACCAGCUUAUUGGAUUUGACUGAAGCAUGUAUAUGCAAUAUGGAUCACGAGAAGUGCUAAUUUCGAAGAUAAAGAUGCAUUUGGUUGUUCUUUGUAAUUAUGCGUUUUUUUUUAAAGUAAUCUAGGUAAGUUUUUGUGAUAUUUUGGUCAUUGGAAAUAUUUUUUUUGUUUA